GGUAGAGAUGAUACUGGGACAACUAAUUCGACAAUGCUACUGAAGCAAGAUAGGGCGUGCAUAUAAUCCCAAGCUCCUCAUAGAAAUGAAUACAGAUUUUCAUAUGACUGAAGGGGAAGGAGAAUGGAGCUACUCCAAAAAUUCUAGGCGUCAAGAAAUUUUUUUUCUUGAGACGAGGCCAAUGAUUGAGAAUGCCAUAAAAGAAGUGUACACAACUCUUCUCCCCAAAACUAUGAUCAUUGCUGACCUAGGAUGCUCUUCAGGGCCAAACACAAUGCUCUUCAUAUCUAGUGUCAUAAACAUCAUUGUUGAAAAAUGUAAAUCUACUGGAGAUGAUUGCAUGGAACUUCAAUUCUUCUUGAAUGACCUUCCCGGUAAUGACUUUAAUGAACUAUUUCGGUCAAUUGAGAAGUUCAAAAGGCCAAAUACAACAGGUGAAAGGGAACAUCUACCACCUUUAUAUUAUAUUAUGGGGUUACCAGAAUCCUAUUACAAAAGGCUUUUUCCUCGUGAAAGUGUCCAUCUAUUCCACUCUUCAUACUGCCUUCACUGGCGCUCCCAGGAACCUGAGGGACUAGAGGCAUGGAGAAAAACUUAUCUAAAUAAAAACAACAUUUACAUUACGAAGACCACAACACCUUUUGUGGUCAAACAAUUCCAAAAGUUGUUCUACAAGGACUUCUCCCUCUUCCUACAGCUGCGUCAUGAAGAACUUGUGCAUGGAGGGCAAAUGGUCCUUAUAUUUCUUGGGAGGAAGAAUGAGGAUGUAUAUAAUGGUGAUCUCAAUCAACUUUUUGCAUUGGUUGCAAGAUCGUUACAGUCUCUUGUUUUGAAGGGCAUUGUGGAGAAGGAAAAGCUAGAAUCUUUCAAUCUACCAAUCUAUGGGCCGUCGGUUGGAGAAGUGAAGGAACUAGUCAUGCAAAGUCAUUUAUUCAACAUGGAUCUAAUUAAACAAUUUGAGAUGAACUGGGACCCUUUUGAUGAUUUAGAAGGUGAUGAUGUUGAGGAUAAUACCCGCAGUAGCAUGAAUAUUGCUAAGUUCAUCAUGUCCGUACUAAAAUAUUUAAUUGUUCACCAUUUUGGAGAAACCAUACUCGAUGCAUGGUUUGCCGAGUUCAAGUGCCUCGUUGGUGAGCACCUUGAAAAGGAGAAGACCAAGUUCACCGUCAUCGCCAUGUCCUUGAAGAAAGAAUAAUAUAGAUCUAUAUGUGUGUUGUUUCUCAAUUCUUUUACUCAAAUGCCAAAGAAUAUUAUGUAUGUUUGUAUUUGUGCAUGUGUCUCUCUGUGUCUGUACAUGCAUGCAUACAUGUCUACUCCUACUUUGUGUAGUCACUCCAAUGUGUAUAUCUUAUGAUAGGUCGUAUAUGGCCAAUGAAGUAUAUUUGUAUAAAGUAUAUGAUCAUACUAGACCAUUUGGGACA